AUGACCAAAGGAGCGCAAACGCAAUUUUUCGGAUUUCCGGGAAUACGAGGUCGCAAAAUUGUAAUAGCUGUAGAUGGCUCUGCUAAUGCAAAAUAUGCUUUCCGAUGGUAUCUUAAACAUUUCAGAAUGCCUGAUGAUAGGGUGUUAUUUUUGCAUAUUUUGCAAGCCCCCUCAUUAACGGCAUUCAGUUUAAACAGUCUCGGAUCAGGGCCUGUAGAGGAGUGGAACAAGAAACAUCGCGAAAAUGAGGGUAGAGUUCGACAAAUCGAGGAGGACUACAUUGCAGAGGGUCAAGCGGUGGCCUUGAAUUGUGCAUUUCUUAGUGAACCUGCCGAAAAGAUAGGCGAAGGUAUCAUCCACACAGCUCAGAGUUUGCAUGCGGAUUUGAUUAUCAUGGGAACUCGUGGUCUUCGGGCUGUUUCUCGUGCUCUUCUUGGCAGCGUGAGCGAUUUUGUCACUCGCCAGGGCGUUGUACCGGUUACCGUGGUACCUAGCAAAAAUAACUAA